ACUCGGCCCUCAGCUAGUUAGAAUGUCUCGCUGCCGAUACGCUCCUGGAGUUUGCCGAGAGUGGUCUGUUCGAGAGAGCAGAACAGUGGAGGGCGACAAGACAGGUAUCACUGGUAUCUAACCUGGACCUCCCCCUCCAACACUUUGGUGCCAGGUGGUUGCUCCCCAAGGUCCCGCCCUCCACGUGGGGCUGGGCGGGGCUAGAAGCUGCGCACGCAGUCCGGAGUCACUGAGCUUGGCGGCGCGCGGGGAUUCCAGGUCCUCGGUCUGCACGUGUGUGGUUCUCACCCAUAUCUCUGUUCCACGGCUCAGGUGCUAUGGCUCCCCGCGGGAGGAAGCGUAAGGCGGACGUGGCGGCAGCUGCGUUAACCGAAAAGCCAGAGAAGCUGGCGCAGGGCGGCGAGGAGGGCGCGGGAGAAGCCCGCGUGGUCAUCGAGCACUGCCAGAGCUGACGUGUGUACGCGCGCCACGCCGAGGCCGUGGGCCAGGCGCUGCGCCUCGCCCGGCCAGGGCUGCCCGUUCUGCUGAACCCCGCCAAACCCCGCAGGAGCAGCUUCGAGGUGACGCUGCUGCGCCCCGAUGGCAGCCGAGUGGAGCUCUGGAGCGGCAUUAAGAAGGGCCCCCCACGAAAACUGAAGUUUCCCGAGCCAGCGCAGGUGGUGGAGGAGCUGAAGGCUCGGUUGGUGUAAGGAAGGCCAGCGCAGGACUUCUAUAAGGAGGUUUGUCUCACCAGACAGGCUUGAGUUAUCCCGUGAAGGAGGGGCCUUGCGUUCCUGAGCCCUUUUCUGUGUUCUCUGGGCCAGCCCGGGAAGAGCUGAGCACCCUGCUCCAGAGGCCUCAGGCUUCCCUCCCCCAAACUCAGACCCCCUAAGUCGACCCCCUUUGUUGCAGCUGCCUGUCCCCAGUGAGUUUGGAGCAUCCAUGAUGGAACCUGACCAAAUCUCCCAGUCACGUCCCUGAAGCUUGGGCUCCUUCUCCUGGGAAUGGCGGCGGCGGUGCGUGGUGUCCCGUGAUGUUGUUACAUUGUUAAUAAAAAGCUUUGAUACAGAA